AUGUCAGUUCUCCUGGUUCUACUGUACGCUGUCUGUCUGAAACUCCUGUUGACAAUGUACUUGCGGUUCAGAUGGGAGUACAGACAUGUUCUCGCCACCGCUACCAAACUACCGUGUCCUCACACCCUGCCCAUCAUCGGCAACGCACUCCUCUUCUUUGGUGACAUCACUGGUGCCAGGAGCCCGACACCAGUACAGCCUCGGCAAUGUCAGUUUUUCCUGGUUCUACUGUACGCUGUCUGUCUACUCCUGUUGACAAUGUACUUGCGGUUCAGAUGGCAGUACAGACAUGUUCUCGCCAUCGCUACCAAACUACCGUGUCCUCCCACCCUGCCCAUCAUCGGCAACGCACUCCUCUUCUUUGGUGACAUCACUGUUCACAUCUGGAGGAAGUACCGGAGGCUGAUGAACCCCGUGAUGCAUCCUUCUAAUGUAGAGAACUUCCUUCCGGUCUUCAACGAAGUCGGUAGGAAGUUAACAGAACAGUUAUCGGUCAGCUCCCCACCUUCAGAUCGUACUGAUGAGAUUUUUGAAAUGGCUGUGACUGCUAGCACAAAAUCAUUACUUUCAAGAAACCUCAAGAUUGAUAAUUUAAUGGAUGGCAAAUUUGCAAUUCAUAAUAUUGGCAAGCUACUCAUCUUACGGAUAUUCAAGUUUUGGUUACAUAUUGACUGGCUGUUUAAAGUGUUCUAUGGGAAGGAGCUGAAAGAAUCUUUAAAAAAUUCGGGACCAAUGUAUGGACGUUAUCAGUCAGGUAUGUUGAUUACAGGUGCUUAA